UCGAUACUGCAAUUUUCUUGAUUUAAAACGUUUAGACGACAUCAUCUUUUAAAAUUUUUACUUAAAAGAAAGGAAAAAAAAUAAAAACAAGGAAUUUUGAGACAAAUUUCUUCAAGACAAUAAGGCAUUCCUGAGCAAAUUAUAAAUUAACAAAGAGGUGCAAAGAUAACUAAAUUAUAAAAGUUUGAGGGUUUCCCCAUCAACUCAUCUACCAUCAGAAUGUCGUACAUGUUACAGCAUCUUCACAAUGGAUGGCAAGUGGAUCAGGCAAUUCUGUCGGAGGAGGACCGAGUUGUUGUUAUUAGAUUUGGUCACGAUUGGGACCCUACGUGUAUGGUGCAGGACGAAACAUUAUACAGAUGUGCUGAGAAGAUGAAAAAUUUCGCCGUCUGCUAUCUGGUUGACAUUACUCAAGUUCCUGAUUUCAACAAGAUGUACGAGUUGUACGAUCCUUGUACAGUUAUGUUCUUUUAUAGAAACAAACACAUCAUGAUUGAUUUGGGUACAGGUAACAACAAUAAAAUCAACUGGGCCAUGGAGGAUCCUCAAGAAUUCAUUGACAUUGUUGAAACUUUGUUCCGCGGAGCCAGAAAAGGAAGAGGUCUUGUAGUGUCACCAAAAGAUUAUUCUACUAAAUAUAGAUAUUGAUACAGUGUAAUCGUUACAAACAUGUAUGGAUAUUGUUGUAUUAAGUGUUUGUUAAUGAAUGAGAGAGGAAAUUAUUUCAGAUAUCAUUGAAUCAACAUUUUGUUUUUUAAUCUUAUUUUUCUGUCAAAUAUCUCCAUUUAUUUCUCAAGUAUUAGUUAGAAUGGUAUUUCUUGAGAGUAUAGACUUUUUUAACAGUACUUAUGAGAAAAAGUUGAUAAAUGUUAUUUUUAAAUCCUUCUUUUCUUUUAUUUUUGUGGCUGAAACAACUUUUUAAAUUUUUAUUCUUUAUAGACAAUGAUAAAAUGGUUAAAAUAUAUGAUAAAUAAACACAUUUUUGUACAUAUACAUGAUGUACAGAGCACCACAUAUACAGGGUUUCUUUGAAUCUUGAUUUAAUUGAAAUAUAUGUAAAAUUCUAAACAAACAUGACAUAUUGUAAACAAAAUACAUACACUAUCUGUAAUAUGUAAAACUUGUGCUCUUAAGACUAUCUAUGAGACAAAAUUAAAAUAUCAUGACCAACGU